AUGGUAACAUCAUUUAACAAUAGAACACAGACUAUUCUGAAAGCAGAUCAACAUGAUGGGGGUUCACCGCAUCAAUCUAAUCCAGAAGAAGUAGAAGAGUCAAUCAAAUUGAUCGAAGAUUUCAAAUAUUACUUAACCACAGGACCAGCAAACUGGCAGGAAAAUCAAAUUAUCAGAAGAUAUCAUUUGAACAAUGAAUUGGGAUUCGUUUCUUGUGUAUUUUGGAAUAAUCUAUAUUAUAUGACAGGGACAGAUAUUGUCAAAUGUUGUUUGUAUCGAAUGGAGAAAUUUGGUAGAAUAAUUGUGCAAAAGAAGAAAUUUGAAGAAGGUAUAUUCUCUGAUUUAAGAAAUUUAAAAAUUGGUACAGAUGCAACUUUAGAGCAACCAAAAUCCGAAUUUUUACAAUUUCUUUUGAAAAAUUCAUGUUUGAAAACACAAAAGAAACAAAAGGUCUUCUUUUGGUUUAGUAUACCUCAUGAUAAACUUUUAUAUGAUGCUCUGGAAAGAGAUUUGAAGAGAGAAUCGUCAGGACAAGAACCUACGACAAAAGCUGUUAACGAACCAGCUCUUUCGUUCGAAUAUAUUAGUAAUAACAAUAAAUCAUUUUCGCAGCAAAUCUUAAGACAUAUAGAAAGAUUUAAAGAGCAAUUUGAGAAACCAAAAACCGGUAUAACAGACAUGCCCCCUGAAUAUUCAACAUUAACUCCACCCAGUGCGACCCACCUAAAGAAGGAACCUGGUUUAGAAAGUAUCAAUGAAGUCAAUGACCAUCCACAAGAGGUUACAUGUAAUAAAAAUAGUCAAGAAGUAACGGAACAAAAUAUGUUAGAGACGAGUACGGAACAGGAUAGUAAACCAACUUUGACAACAACAGAUGAGGCCUUAAAUAGUUCUUCACUGGACAAUGCUGGAGUUGAACCAUUUUUGAAAAAUACUCAGAAUACAGCAACAAUAGAUGACGAAAUACCCUCUGAAUUUUUAAACUUUGAUAUAGAAUACCCUAAAGGAUACAAUAAUACCAAGGAUGAUAUUAAAAAGGAAGACUAUAAUACAUUGAAUCCAACUAAUUAUAAGGAGGGACAGGAAUACCUUAGUAUGUACCAAAUGGCAUCGCCAUACGUGAGUAAACCUCGGGGAUCCAUUACCAAUGGUAUUCCAAGAGCAAAAGACCUCGAGGGUCGAGAGGACAAAAGUUCACAUGAUAUUAAACAAGAAAUCGAUCCAACAUUGAAUAAUCCUGUUUAUCAUAAUAAUCAAAUGAUGACUUCCCAAGUUCUUUACACCCAGCCAAAGACACUAACGCCCAAUUAUAAUAUGAUGCAACCUCCUGUAUCGGCAUUUAAUCCCUUCGCACCGGACAUUAUUGCACAGUCUUUGGAACAACCUUUAUUUGGGUUUGAAGGUUUAUAUUCACCUCAACUUCCCUAUGGAAGGGAUGGUCAGAAGCGCCCUGAUGGAAUUGCUACAAACUCAAUGAUACAACCACAAAUUCUACAACCACCACCUUCGGCAACUUUACCCAAUCCUUUUACUCCUGGAUUCAAGAAUAUGACACCAUACCCCUGGGUACAAUCGCCUUUUUUACCAUUAGGUACUGUUAUGGCUGGUAGCCCAUUUUUUUCGCAACGAACACCAACUUUCAUGAGUAAUAAACCCCGCCAAUCAUUUUCAACAAAAGUAGUACAACCCAAAGACGCUUCAAAGGUUCGUAAAAUUUCACAUACAGGACCUGAAAUUGCCAUAUCAAAAUCGAAAGCUGCAUUACAAAAUAAGAUUAAAGAAAAUGCAAAACAAUUACAAGCGCAGAUUGAAAAGAAAUAG